AUGGCACAGCUUCGCUUUUAUGACCCGGUCGUCACUGAACUCGAGAUGAUUAAGAAAAAUCUUGAGACUUUCCACCCCACCAACAUGAUACUCCAGCAGCAGUACCGUAACAAGUACAUGAAGUACUGUGAUCUCAUCAAUGUGCUGCUUGCUGCUGAGGCUCAGAAUGAACUCUUGAUGAAGAACUUCCACAUGCGCCCUGCUGGGACACAGGCACAUCCUGAAGCACAUGCCAGUUUUCGUAACAACGACGAUAAAGGUUCUUUCAGAAACAAGGGCCAAAAGUUUUAUGGUCACCAGGGUCGAAAAGGAGGAAAGUUUAAGAACAGAUGCCAGAAGUCCAAUGGCAAUGGCAAAGGCCAGAAGUUCAAUGGCAAUGGCAAAGGCAAGUCCCUGAAGGGCUCAAAGGAUGAGGCAAGUGGAGGGAAUCCGUUGUGGAUCCCACCAGCAUUGCUCCCGUACUUACACUACUGA